CACUCAGUUGUCAAAUUAAAUGUCAGUGGGUUUGUCGGGCAACUAUUCGUGUUACAUCAUUUAAGAAAAACAACUUUCCACAAAAAUAAUAUAGUUUUUUGUUUAAUUUGUUUUGUAAAAACACCAAAAACGCAUUGUAGAACAUUAAAUGCUGUUGCCCUUUUCAACACGCUUUGGAAACAGCAACAGCAGUGAGUAUUUAAAGACAAUAAAUCGUGUAGAAAAAUGACCGAAGAAUCUAAUAAUCAGUUUUAAUAGUAAUUUAAGAAUUGCAUCCAUAUUCACAUUAUAUUCCAACAAAUCAGAGUACCCCAAAAUAAGCUAGUGCACGGAAUAAAUUCUCAACCUAUUUUUGUUUUUAAUUUUUGAGACUAUCAUAAAGAAAACAAAAGUAGAAGAAAAAAAGAUAAAGAUAACUGCUCUUUCAUAAUUAAAACAACAAAACGUUUAUUUUCGUAAAUAAUGGCGGCCUAUUUGAAUCGUACGUUUUCAAUGGUCACUGGUAAUGGCGGCGACGCCGGCAACUCUUCCAAUAAUACGCCCCAAACAAACACAAACCACCACCACAACAAAUCCAUGAAUUACGAUCCGACGGCAAUGAUGUCCGAAAAUCGAACAAUGCAUAUCAAUGCCGAUAAAUCCCCAUUGCAGGUAUUCGUCAGAGCCAAAAAGAAGAUCAAUGAUAUCUAUGUGGAGAUUGAGGAAUAUGUUGCAGAGACCACAACAUUUAUUAAUGCUUUACAUGCCGAAGCAGAAAUUGUCGACAAAGCAGAACGUGAAUUAUUCGAAAGUUAUGUCCUGAAAGUGGCCGGCAUUCGUGAAGUUUUGGCUCGUGAUCACAUGAAAGUGGCCUUUUUCGGCCGUACAUCGAAUGGAAAAAGUUCAGUGAUCAAUGCCAUGUUGAGAGAGAAAAUUUUGCCCAGCGGCAUUGGUCAUACGACAAAUUGUUUUUGUCAAGUGGAGGGCAGUGAUAGUUCAGAGGCGUAUUUAAUGAAAGAGGGUUCCGAAGAGAAACUCAAUGUUGUGAACAUCAAACAAUUGGCCAAUGCAUUGUGCCAAGAAAAGCUAAGUGAAAGUUCCUUGGUACGCAUUUUUUGGCCACGCGAACGUUGCAAUCUGCUGCGUGAUGAUGUGGUCUUUGUUGAUUCUCCUGGUGUUGAUGUCUCAGCCAAUUUAGAUGAUUGGAUUGAUAAUCAUUGUCUGAACGCCGAUGUCUUUGUUUUGGUCUUGAAUGCCGAAUCCACCAUGACCCGGGCCGAAAAACAAUUCUUUCACACAGUUUCACAGAAAUUGUCGAAACCUAAUAUCUUUAUUCUAAACAAUCGUUGGGAUGCAUCAGCCAAUGAACCCGAAAGUCAGGAAUCGGAGCUCGACAAGGUAAGAUCCCAACACACAGAAAGAUGUAUCGAUUUCCUAACAAAAGAGCUGAAAGUUACCAAUGAAAAGGAGGCAGCCGAACGUGUUUUCUUUGUAUCAGCUCGUGAAGCUUUACAGGCCCGCAUCGAAGAGGCCAAGGGCAAUUCCCCCAGCCAAGGCGCCAUUGCCGAAGGUUUUCAUGCACGCUAUUUCGAAUUCCAAGAUUUUGAACGUAAAUUCGAAGAAUGUAUUUCAAAGAGUGCCGUUCAAACGAAAUUCGAAAAACACAGUUCACGUGGCAAAACAUUAUCGGGUGAUAUGCGUUCGAUGCUGGACAACAUCUAUGAGCGCAUCACAAUAUUCCGUAAUCUAAAAUUGGAUCAGAAGACAUUGCUAAGUGAACGUAUCCAAGGCACAGAAACUGAAAUGAUGAAUGUUACACGUGAAAUGAAGUUGAAAAUUCACAAUAUGGUGGAGGAAGUUGAACAGAAGGUGUCCAAGGCACUUAACGAAGAAAUCUGGCGUUUGGGCGUAUUAAUCGAUGAAUUCAAUAUGCCCUUCCAUCCCGAACCAUUGGUCUUGAAUAUUUACAAAAAGGAAUUAAACAGUCAUGUAGAAGCUGGUUUGGGUUCGAAUUUGAGGGCACGCCUCUCGAUGGCAUUGGCCACAAAUGUUGAGGCGGCACAACGGGAGAUGACAGAUCGCAUGCAUGCCCUGGUGCCGAAUGAGAAUCUAUUGCCCCAAGCACAGAAAAUCGUUGCACGUUCACAGCCAUUUGAAAUGCUCUACUCGUUGAAUUGUCAGAAUUUGUGUGCAGAUUUCCAGGAAGAUUUAGAAUUCAAGUUCUCAUGGGGUAUUACAGCGAUGAUACAACGUUUCACUGGCAAAGUGAGAGAGCGUAACAGCAAGAAACAACCAGCCAUACUCAAUCGUCAAGGCAGUAUUGUGAAUCCCGUUUCGCCCCUUACACCAGUAAAUGAUACACCAUUGUGUCUUAUACCCACACCGGUGGGCGGCAUUAGUCAAGAACAAUUGUCACUGAUAUCACGUUUUGCAUUAACCUCAAUUGGAUCCCAAGGCACUGUGGGUGGCCUCAUUGUGGCGGGCAUUAUGCUGAAAACCAUUGGCUGGCGUGUCUUGGUAGGUGUUGGCGCCCUAUAUGGCUGCAUCUAUUUGUAUGAACGUUUAUCCUGGACAAAUUCAGCCAAGGAACGUGCUUUCAAAUCCCAGUAUGUGCGUCAUGCCACCAAGAAAUUGAAAAUGAUUGUUGACCUAACAUCGGCCAACUGCAGUCAUCAAGUGCAACAAGAAUUGUCAAGUACAUUUGCCCGUUUGUGCCGCACCGUUGAUACUGCCACCACCGACAUGAAUGAAGAACUUAAGACCCUUGAAGCCCAACUCAGCGUCUUGGAAGCUAAUCAAAAACAAUUGAAACUCUUACGCAAUAAAGCAAAUUACAUUCAAAAUGAAUUGGAAAUAUUCGAAACAAAUUACAUAGCACCCAACUAGCAGCCAGUUGCAACACAUGUGAUGUCGUCACUUGCUUAACCAAUCUGAUCUUAAGAAGUUUAUGAUUUAAGUAAUUCAUUCAAUGAAAAUAAUUCAUUCAUUAAGAUUUUGUAAAUUAAAAUAAGAAUUGUGUAUGGCUGUAAAGGCGUUGGUGGGAGGAAAAGAAACAAGUCAUUGCAUGAAGGAAAUGAGAUUAAAAAAGAGGGAAGAGCAAAAAGGAUUAAUGAUAUUGUUGCACAUUUAUCUCAUUAUGGCAUGGAUUUCUCCUUAGAAUUACGACUCUGACAAAACACAACAAAAAAAAAAAAAAAACACAUCUUUACAAAUUUCUCCGCGCAGUUAAAGAUUGUCUUUUUUAUUUUCUCUUUUUUUCCUACAAAAGAAAAACAAUUUAUUUUUUGGAUCGAUUAUUAUGUGCUCAUAUUUAUAUUAUUGUAUUAUUAUUUCAAAUCCCAUCUGAAGACCACCCCCCUACAUUUUGGUUUCUCUUUAACUGAGUUUCAUAUAUUUACACCAUGCAAACAAAACCAACUUUGGUCCGUGUCCAAAGAACGAUGUUGAUAACAAUAAUAAUUUCUAAUAUUUUUACAAAUGUAUGUAGCUUAAUAUCUGAUUGUGUGUAAAAGGAAUUUCGUUUAACAGAAACUUGUUUUGCUUUAUUUUUUUUUUCUUAUUUACAAUUAUAUUUGAGUAAAAUGUUUGUUGAUCUUAUUUAAAUAAAGAAAAAAUAUGUUGUAACAAUAAAAGAAAUAACAUAACAUUAAAUUGGAAA